AUGUCUUAUAGGCUUUUGAACCUGGAUUUUGUGUGGCAGACGGAAAUGGCGAUGCAGGACCACUCACUAGGAGCCGAGGUCGUGUCGUUUUGCCCCGAAUUGGAGCUGUAUCUCAGUCCUAUGUCGCGGAUUGAAAUAAACAUCAAACUUCCGAAGUUCACGAUACCCGGCCAAUCGAUAUCAAAUUGGGAUCUCAUGGAAAGGUUGAAGAAGGGUGUCGCACCCAUUCAGGCAUGUUUUAGUUCUCUACCAUUCGAGUCACUUCCCGUUCUCCUCUUUGUCUUACAGGCUAUUAAGAUUUUGGAAUCAAUGACGGUUAAAGUGAGUGGAUUCAGCGACCCAGUACGAGUGCGUGCAGCUGAAGCAAAAUCUGACUUUCCUAGUAGACAUGACUGGGACCUUUUCUACAUGAAAAACAAAUUGGAUGAGAGCAAACCAGGCGAACGGCCAGAUACUAUUUAUAUGGCGAAGAUUCCAAUCAAGUGGUUUGAAAAAGGCUCCGAUCUCCCUAGUGAAGAUCUGCUGCGGUUCGCAAUGGAAGGUUUCGGUAACGUAAGGAUGGUUGACAUCCCAGUAUGUGAUGAAAUUCGUAGAGAAAUGGAUCCUGAGAUCAGUGGAAUAAGGAAUAAGGGAUUCAGCUUUGGACCGGACGUCUUUUUUGAAGCCUACGUUCAAUUCGCUGAAUAUAGCGGUUUUGUUAAUGCUAUGGACUCACUCAGAAAUAUGAAAUGGACGAAAAGAAUUGAUAAAAAAGUGUUUCAUGCCAAUGUGAAGGUCACAGCAGAGUAUAACUGCGUGCAUCUUUUCCUCCGAAAUCAAGCGUAUACUUGGACUCUGUUGUUGAUGGCAGAGUUAGGUAGAAAAUUAUAUGAGAGAGAAACAAGGCAAGGGCCUCAGUAG